CCCGUGUAUUGUUGAUGUGGCGCUGGGGAAUGUGAGUACCCACGCAUUAGUGGACACAGGGUGUGAGCAAACUCUGAUUCGAACAGCUCUCCUUGGCGGUAUGUCGUGGCAGCCACAAGGCCAGGUGGCGAUCUCCUGUAUCCAUGGGGAUACGGCGACAUACCCCACUCUAAAAGUAUACUUAUCGGUAGGUCCGAUAAAGCGCCACCUAGUAGUGGGGGUGGCCGAGAAGUUACCACACCCAGUUAUUCUGGGUCGAGACUGGCCGCAAUAUAAAGAUUUACUAAAAGUAUCGGCAGCCUCGACCACACGUGUAAACACGGCAGAUUCCCGAGGAAAGGAAGUCAUUGGUACCGUUUUUCCUUUCCAUGCCGAACUGUUUUCUCCCCUUUUCCGUCCUAGGAAAACACGUAAGGAGAGACGGAAGGAAAAGUGGGAGGGCGCAUCGAUGAGACACGGCUGGGGACUGGCGGGGGAAGGUUCUGAUGGUCCCAAACGCCAAUCGAAGGGGGUGGGGACACAGUGUGACCGGGCGGGCGAGGUUACUGGACCCUCGAGGGCAGAGACUGCUCCAGCCCCCGUCGAUAUCCCGGACGUGUGGGCCUCAAGCGCGGACCUAGUGUGGGAGCAAAACAACGACCCCACACUGGUGCACGCUUGGGAACAGGUCCGGUCUAUUGAGGGUAAGGAUGUUGAUGGCAUUGGGGCGCUGGUAUAUCCUCAUUUCGUUGUAGAGGGGCACUUGCUAUAUAGAGUAAACCCCGCCCCGGGCACAGGACAGCCUGUCAAACAGUUGAUGGUUCCCCCGUCCUGUCGACCAGAGGUCAUGAGGCUGGCGCAUGACGUCCCCUUUGCAGGACAUCUUGGUGUUGACAAGACGAGGGACAGGAUACUGGCUCGAUUUUAUUGGGCAGGGCUCUACACCGAGGUGGCGAAAUAUGUAGCUACCUGCCCGGACUGUCAGAGAGUAGCGCCGGGUCGAGUGCGCCCCGCCCCUUUGGUCCCACUGCCCAUUGUCUCCAUUCCCUUUGAACGCGUUGCAAUGGACAUAGUUGGGCCAGUGCUGCCUUCUGAUUCCGGGUACACACACAUAUUAGUAAUGGUGGAUUAUGCGACGCGGUACCCGGAAGCAGUUCCGCUGCGGUCCACUAGUGCCACUGCAAUUGCGAAAGAGUUAAGUCAGAUUAUGGCUAGAGUAGGGAUCCCAAAAGAAAUAUUAACUGAUCAUGGAACGAACUUUUUAUCGAAAACGCUACAGCAAGUGUAUAAAAUUCUAAAAAUACGUCCCAUCAGGACAUCGGUUUAUCAUCCCCAAACGGAUGGACUGGUGGAACGUUUUAACCAAACUUUGAAGCAAAUGUUGAGACGGUUUGUGAGUCAGGAGCAGAAACAUUGGGCUACUCUUCUUCCUUAUCUCCUCUUCGCAGUGAGAGAGGUGCCUCAGAGCUCAACGGGAUUUUCCCCCUUUGAGCUGCUGUAUGGCCGGCAGCCACGGGGCAUCCUCGACCUGUUGAGAGAAGGUUGGGAAGAACACAAGGGCUCCUCUAAAAAUGUAGUGCAGCAUGUGCUCCUACUGCGGGAUCGCCUCGAUUUAAUUGGUCGAUUGGCUCAAGAUAAUCUUAGAUCGGCUCAACAUCGGCAACAGCAGCAUUACAAUACUAAUGCACGAAUUCGAACCUUUCGGCCAGGAGAUAAAGUAAUGCUGCUUCUUCCGUCAUUGGAGUCGAAACUGUGUGCUAAAUGGCAGGGGCCAUAUGAAGUGAUACGGGCUGUAGGAGUAGUGAAUUAUGAAAUUAGACAGCCCGAUCGCCGUAACAAAACAGAAAUUUAUCACGUCAAUUUAUUAAAGCCCUGGAAGGCAAGGGAGGUCUUAUUCAUAGCCCCAGGCGAGGUGGAGGAUGACUUAGGACCCUGUAUAGAGGCCCCUAGCCCCAGCCAGAUUUCAAUGGGGGAACAGUUACUUCCAGAUCAGCAAAUAGAAUUGCGUAAGUUGAUCGGGAAAUUUGGGGAUGUGUUUUCUGAUGUGCCCGGCAGAACUAACCUUACCAAAUAUGCUGUUAUUACUCCGCCAGGGGUCACUGUUCGGGAGAGGCCCUACCGGAUCCCAGAAAGCCGGCGGAGUGGCGUCCAGAACGAGGUGAGGGCGAUGCUUGAACUUGGGGUCAUUGAGCCUUCCAGAAGCGAGUGGUGCAGUCCCAUCGUUAUAGUGGCCAAAAAGGACGGCACUAAUCGCUUCUGUGUUGAUUUUCGAAAGGUCAAUGCUAUCGCCAAGUUCGACGCCUACCCCAUGCCUCGGAUCGACGAACUCCUCGACCGACUGGGAACGGCCAGGUUCAUCUCAACUCUGGACCUGACGAAGGGAUAUUGGCAGAUCCCUUUGACCCGUGAUUCAUGUGAAAAAACUGCAUUUUCAACUCCGGAUGGGCUGUUCCAUUUUAAAACCAUGCCGUUUGGGCUACAUGGUGCGCCCGCCGCCUUUCAGAGACUGAUGGACGAGGUGUUACAUCCCCAUCGUGAGUAUGCAGCAGCGUAUAUUGACGAUGUGGUUAUAUAUAGCUCCACCUGGAGAGAGCAUGUAAUUCGACUUGAAGCCGUCCUUCAGUCUCUAAGGGCUGCCCGGCUGACAGCUAACCUGAGGAAAUGUGCGUUUGCUAAAUUAGAAACGCAGUAUUUAGGAUUUAUCAUGGGAAAUGGACGGGUGAAACCUGUAGCCACCAAGGUCCAGGCUUUGGUGGAUGCAGCUGUCCCCAAGACCAAGUCCCAGGUGAGGUCACUAUUGGGAUUGGCUGGUUAUUACCGCCGCUUUAUCCCCGAGUAUGCCACCGUGGUCAAUCCCCUGGUGGACCUCACUAAGAAAUGUGCGCCAAAUUUAAUCAAGUGGUCAGAAGAGUGUCAGGGGGCGUUUGAGACCAUUAAACAAAAACUAUGCCAGGCUCCUGCGCUGAUAGCACCAGACUUUAGCAAGAGAUUCCUCCUCCAUACCGACGCGUCAGAAGUUGGUUUGGGGGCGGUCUUGUCCCAGAAAGUUAACGGGGUGGAACACCCCAUUCUCUACAUCAGCAAAAAAAUGCUUCCUCGGGAGCGCAACUACUCGGUUGUGGAGAAGGAGUGUUUAGCCAUUAAAUGGGCAACUCACUCCCUCAGAUAUUACUUACUGGGACAUUCAUUUGAUCUGGUCACGGACCACGCCCCACUCAGAUGGUUAAGCACUAUGAAGGAUAGCAAUGCUCGAAUAACUCGGUGGUAUUUGGCAUUGCAGCCUUAUAUGUAUCAUAUGGUGCAUCGUGCGGGGAAAGAUCACCAAAACGCGGAUUAUUUUUCCCGGGAGGGGGGAGUAAUGGGGAUGGUAGGUUUGGCCGAGUGUUCCUUCGGCUCCACUCUGAGCGGUGGGAUAUGUGACAAAGAGAGAAUGAAUUCUUGUUUUAGAUCUCCCUUCCGACCGGUGAGGGCUGUGGAGAGGAGGAACAGGCAGAGCCACGGUGCGCAACGUCAUCAACCCAGACGGGGAGCGCUGUGGCAAUCGCGCAUUGGUCAACGGCGAUUGCCCACGCUGCCCAAUGGGAGCGGGACGGAGCGUACAAAAGGGGGCGUGGCCCGGGGCUCUGUUCCUUCUGGCAAGAGCACUAACGGGACGCUCGGGAGCGAGACGGGAGGAGCGAACCCGGAAGUGCUACGCUGGUCCCGCCCUGUUUUACCUCAGGGGAAGGAGGAAGGACGGACGAUUGUUUUGUUUUGUUAUUUUCCGUCCUCGUUGUUUUUGGUUCGUUUUUGUGAAGUUCUUUUUCCUUCCCCCCCCUGUUCCUUUUGCUUUGUGGUUGCCGGGUUACACAUCGUUGUGUAUCCCGGCUCCAUUAUUAUUUCUAUUGUGGCCAAAUAAAGCCGGGCAGCAGUAAAAGUGAAAAUCGAGACUGGUUUCUUUUAUUUCCCUAUCACCCACUCAGCUACCUGUCACAGUUUCACUUUCUUAUUUUUUACUAAAUGUAAUUUCUCCAUUUUUUAUUUUGAUGUGAUAAUUUGUACAUAUAGUAGUGGGUUUGUGGCAGGACAGACACCGACAUGUAAAUGCAUAUAUAUUUGAGUGCAAACAUUAUUGUAUAAGUCCCUGAAUUGUAUCUGGACAAUUGUUUUGUUUUUGUUAAAUAAAUGUGUGCUACACAGUAGAGAGUGACAGGGGAAUGAAACUUCAGUCCUGUCCCAUCCUGUCCUUUGAAAAAUGUUCCUGUCCCAUUCCAUCCCAUGAGUCACCAUUUCCAAUCCUGUCCCAUCCUGUCCUGUCCAAAUUUUUCC